AACCAUUUUCUGAAAUUAAACAUCUUCAGUGUUUAGUUGUUUUACAUUACGAAUUUGCUAAGUUAGAAACAAAAAAUUAAAAAAAAUUUUUACUCGCUUUAUUAUAUUAAUUUAGCUAUUUUAUGAAAUAUUUUAUAUACGGAAAUUUUAUAAAGAAUAACUAAUUUAAAUUGAAGUACAUUCCAUAUCAUCCCUUCGAAUUCUGAUAUGUGUAGGUUAAUGUUUUUGAUUUUCAUUUUCGAUUCUGUCUUUCGCAUCUUCGCUGUCAUUGUGGUUGGUUGUUCUGAUUAGCAUUUUCGCACGCGCCUCUAGUAAAUUGAUAAUUUUUAUAAAAAAUUCUAAUUUGAAAAAUUGUGCGAAAAUAUAAAGAGGCUAGUGAAGUUUAAAGCGGCACCGAAACUUUUUAAAAGAAGUUUGCAUGAGAAGAAUUGUGCGCUGUUAGCAUUGUGUAACCACGAAGUUGACAACAAAGAGUGUUUUUAACUACCAAUUCCCACUAAUUUCUGGCAGUCCACAUAGUGCUUUUAUAAAAUCUACAAACCUCUUGGAAUUCUUUAAAAAUGUGUUCAACUAUUUUGUUGAAGUAAAAUCGGUGGACCUAAGUUAAAUAAAAGUAAACUAUUGCAAAAAAGAGGCCUAUGAUAACAUGUGAUAAAAGUCAAAUUGGCACAUGAGUGCAAAGGAAAAAAAUUAGAAGUACAAUAUUCUGAGCAAAUGUUUUAAAUUUAAAUUGAGUGAAAGGUGAAUAAAGACGCCAGAAUACAAGAAAAUAUAUAAUCAAAAUCAUCAAAAUAAAAAAAAUACAGAAGUAUAAAAAAUAUAGUAAACGAAAGGCAAAAAGAGGAAGUGCAAAAACAUACUGAAGAGUGUAGCGAGAGACCAAAAUACGAAGCAAAACAUUAAACGGGAGAUACUGACUACAACAUAUUUUAAAUAAAUUAAUUUUUAAUUGAAUGAAAUAAUUUUAAUUUCUCAAUAAGUCAUUAUAAGAACACAAACGGAUAUAAUUGAAAGAUUAAAUUUAGAAAAAACUCAGUUUCAAAACCUGUUGGGGGAAUAUGAGUUAUAAUAAAAAUAUUGGAAAUGAGAAACAAAAUCCAGUCAUUUUUGAAGAAUCAACAAUAUCAACGUCUGCAGUGACAUUAGCAGACGAUUCAAUAAAUAUAAAUACAGCAGGCGAAAAUGAAAAGUGCAUCCAAAGUGAAAAACAAAGUGAAGUUUUUCAGUUACCAAUUCGGCGUACAAUCAAUGAGGCGACCGAAAAUUUAGCGCCAGCAAUUGGUAAGUCUAUGUUUGCGGGUAGUGAUGAUAGCGAACUAGCAGGCAUAGCAAAUGUUGUAGGCGAAAAUGAAGAGCGGAGGGCAAUUACAAACGUCAUUAAACAAGAGGAACAUGCUGCCAUACCGCCUAGCAUAGUUUCGAAAAAUCAGGCAAAUAUAUAUCAACCAAGCGAUCAUUUAUGUAGUAAGAAUAUAGCUACAAAGAACAAUGAGAUUAAGGCAACGGAUGUUGAAAAAGCAGAUGUGGUGGGGGAUGGUACACAAUUGUCACAUUUUGCCAAAGAAACAUGCGCUGAAAUUGCAACUACAAAGACAAUGAUCGUACCAGCAAUAACAUCUAGACCACCUAUACCGCCUACGCCGCCCUCUUCACCGACAUCGCCCAUCUUAGCAAUGCCAAUACAAAGCGGCGUAACACAUCUUACGCACACGUCUAGCGAUCCCACAUUAAGCGGACAGUCACAGAUGUGCCCGAAUCAGCAGCAGCAAAAAAUGAGAAGUUAUCAUGAUUCUAAGCAAACGACGAUGUGGUCAAAAGAUUCAGUGCUCGGGUCAAGCGGUAGUGUAAGCAUAGAUAAAGCAUCUAUUAACACAAAAACAACAGUGUUGUCAAGACACACGGGUGCUAUUACAAAGGCUGGUGCUUACAGUGUUACAGUUUCACCGUGCUCAUUACGCAAAGGAUCCGAUCCGAUUAGUUCAUUAACCCGUCGAGUUUCAUUUCCAAAAAGUGACAAUGAACUGGUUACUGGCUACCUGGAACCGGCGAACCCAUGGGGACAAGCAUGUUUGGUUAAGAGCAUUUCCGAAAUUGCCGAACUCUAUGUGAUGUCAUGCCGCAAACAUAAAACAAAACCCUUACAGACUGUAUUGGAUCACUUGAAAGGUGUUGAACUCAAUAAACAGCAACGUCAGCCAGUGCUAUCGUUGAAAACAAUUAAAUUGGCCGCCAGCGAUUGCGAAGCAUUGGAGGAAAUUUUUAAACGGGUACAGUACAAAUUUAUAGAUCUCUCAUCAUGUGACCUGGAUGAGUGGGCGACAAGCGCACUCUUUGAAAUGAUCGAGUAUUAUGAGGCCACCAAUGAGUUGGACAUCUCAUCCAAUUCCAAGGGUAUGACCGUGCGCGGUUGGGCUGGUUGCAUGGCUAUGGUAAGGCAUAGCGAAGAAUUGCGUGUAUUAAUCGCACAAGGCAAUCCAAUUUCGAAGCAAAGUGCUGACGGCUUGGGACUGGCGAUAAGUGCAUCGAAUUUGCAUACCAUAAAAUUAGAACAUUGUGGUUUGAGGGGUGCGCUCGAUGGCUUAUGUUUUAAAUUGCGCUCAAAUUCUGUACUUAAAGAGCUGUGGUUAGCACAUAACGAUUUAGAUUGUAAAGAUGCUGAAGCUAUUGGCUCUUUGUUGAAGUACAAUCACUACAUCGAACUGAUUGAUAUAAGCAACAACAAUAUCAGAGAUAUGGGGCUGCUUUACAUCGUCGAAGCAUUGAUACUGCAAUCAAAUGAAUUAGAACGGCGUUCGAUGUUGCAUCGCUCUGCGGCAGUCGACGACGAUGAUAGCUUGUCUUCGAUUGAUGCAUCACAGACAACUGACUUAGACUCUAGUGAUUCGUUCAAUACUAGCGGUAAGAGCAGCGUCGAGGAAAACGUUGAGCAUACUGAAAGCGAAGUUAAAGUGCUGGAGAGUAAACAAAAAGUAAGCAUUGCUGAUAACUCCAUGGACGUUUUUAGCACGCCAAAGGCUACAGAUAAAGUCACAAACACUGCGGUGGAAGUAACAGUGUCACAAGGUAAUACAGUUUCAAAUGGUAAAUCUACGGUUGGCGCUGGAGGUCCGUUAACCACAGCGUCAAAUGUUGCGUCUUUGGACGAAAUGGACGGUGAUGAUGAUACGGAGGAUACAGUUAAAUCAAGCAAUCAUAAGAACGGUACAUUUACCCCAACUGGCCAAUCAAUGUUGGAUAAACUGCUGUCCAUGAAUAGCGAAAGCAGCAGCGAAGAGGGUGCCUCAAAUUUGUCCACAGAUACCAUAGCGGCAUGUGGCUCUGAAGAUGCCAGCAUUACAAGUGAUGACAUAUUUGAUACGUCCGCGGCAACGGGGACGGGGACGGCAAGCGCAUCGAACGAUACGAAUAAGAGUAACUCUAACAUGAAGGCGGCAAACGACUUAUUGGCAAGUGCAGCGGCGAGAGUGGAAAGUGGUACGGACUUAAAGCUUUGUCAAGCUAAAGGCGUGGAGCAAAUGGUGUUGAUUGAUAUUACGUCUUCGGAUACAGAUUCCCGCAGCACACCGCUUGACAACAGCAGCAAUGGUAGUAGUGCUGAAGGCACCGCUAAUAAUAGCAACAAUCAUAGUGAAUCGAUAUCGACAGCUUCGCCAUCAAGUAAUGAUGAAAACAAUGGCAACAAUAACACAACAAACAGCACAAUUUCCGACAUCAGAAGUGACGAAGACGUUUGCAGGAAAUAUCACGACUUAGGCCGGCCAGCGACGCAAGAUCAGGAUAAUCAGAAUCAGAAUGUACUCUUACGGCAACAAGCGAAUGUGCCCAAUGUUGCUAAUAUUUUUGAAGUAACCGCCGGAGAAGGUGAUUGCACGAUUGCCGAAGCGCCCGUUGAUGGCGAUCGUUUGCCGCUGGAUCAAACAGCAACGCUAUUGCAGCAACAAUUGCCUGCUUCGAAAGCGGUUGAUGUAAAUAAGAACACAAAACUGGCCGAUGAUUAUGACGAUACGCACAGUACUGAUUCUGCAUUUGAAAGUGCCUCCGAGGGUGAUAUUAGUAGGCACUUGCCAGAAGAAUAUAGUAGGCUAUCGUCUUCGUUUGACGGUGCGCCCAUGGAUGAUAUUGUAAAGGGUGUCGCCAUUGAAACGGGUACUAUUGCUACAGAGUCUACGGAGUAUUUGGCAGACGCGGGUGUAACGCCAACUUCUACACCAACACCGCCUUCUCCGUUGAAUACACGACAAUUGGGUGUCUCACUAAGUGCUUUGGACGAUGAUAUAGAUGCGAAUUGUCGUACAAUAACACCAAAUACAGAUUUCACAGCCAACACAUAUGCCAGUGUGGUGAAGACGUCGAGCGAAGUAGAGACAUCAACUGCGACAACGCAAACCCCAACAAAACCUGCUACGUGUACAGUUACAGCGGCGCCUACAGAAGGUACACAGGAAAAUGUACUGAAUGAAUUACCUUCAAUGCCGAAGGUCACUAUCGUUUCAGAUAGUUUGGCGACGAAAGAUAAGGAAGCGCAAGGUAAUCGUUUAAUACCAACACCACCGCCACCGUCAACCUCGCCUGGCGGCGCUAGUCAGGGUAUGCGUCGUACAGAGUCAUCGGUCACCUUCAUUACGCCUGCCACUCGUCAUCGAUCGCAAAGUUCGGAUAGCCUCUGCAGUGACAAUUCACUGGACGGCAGCAUUAGUAGUGAUCUGAAUUUUUCCACUUCAUCACAGCUAAAUGAGAAACUUACCAAAAAUGAUACACUCACGCGGCAACAACGACAAUCGGAUGCACGCGCCGAACCAGCGGUGAAGACACCUAGUGGCUUGAAGGCGCUCGCACUGUGGAAUAAUAAUUUGAGCAAAGAGUCUGGUCGCUACAUAGCGAAUCUGUUGGCGGAGACCAAUUCGCUGGAACUACUGAACAUCGGCAAAAAUUGCCUAUCAAAUGACUUCGUAACGCGAAUUAAAGAUAGUCUCAUGCGAAAUACGACGCUGACGACACUGGGUCUGCAGAGCGCGCAUCUGAGUGCGAAUGGCAUCGAAACGUUGGCUUCAAUACUUACUUUCGGUGGCAAUAGCACACUGCAACGUCUAGAUAUACGCGACAAUAAGCUAGAAGUGGAGAGUCUAACGAAAAUCGCUGAAGUGCUCAAAUCCAAUACAACCAUCACUCAAAUCGAUAUCGAUGAUGAACCGAAACGUUUGUCGGUGGGCAGCGAGGCGCACAUGGAUUAUACGCGCGUUCUGGAAAAUGUGCGCUCAAUGUGUUCGCGUAAUGAAAAGACGCAGGCGCAAUUACAAUCGGACAAAUUGCAUACAUGUGGUGCGGCCAAUAAACGACGCAGCGGCUACUAUAUGGGCUCACGCAAAAUCUCUUUGACUUGCCAUACACGCCCACUCUUCGAGACUACAACUGUGAUGACCGCCAGCACCCCAGCACCGUCGGCGGUCAAUACGAAGUUAGAAGCGAAGCGAAAAACUGGUGCACGCCUGCGCUCACCGGUGCCAAGUCCACCGACAAUUUCACCAUCCUCGUCGCCAAAUCGCAGCCGUUUUCAGGUGUUUCGUGUCACUGAAGACAGCCCGGUCACUUCGCCCUUGGCUCAAACACCGCCUUCAACCGCGUCAUCCACAUCAUCGCUAGCCACCAACAGCAAUGGCAGCACAGUUUCUAUGCCGGCUGAUAUGCCAUACAAGAGUUCGUUGAGCGCAUUGCCGACGACAUCAAGCUCACUCCCAACGUCCAGUUCGCUACCCUCAAUGGCCAUGGCUACGUCGUCGACGCAAUCUAUUAAGCGAUUUUCAUCGUCGCAACGCUCACGUUUUCUGGUUUCAAAGAUUUACGAGGAUCCACGCGUGCCAUUGUCGAGUCGCUCAUUACCGCCAAUUACACCACCGAUCCAUUUGCCACCCACACCAAUCGCAAAACAUGCACCGGAAAAACUCAGUGUAUACUCUGCUGCGCAAGAGAAGUCAGCAGAAACAGCAACAGUAGCAGCAGUCGAUACCAAAGCAGCCGGUGAAAACUCAGCAACUCAAGAGGAUAAAAUCACAACCGCUCAUAAACGGGGCGAAGGUGACAAGGCUGUUGUACAGCCUACAACACUAAUCGUGACACCGCCAACACCCGCCAUUGCCGAAAUCAACGGUAGCAACACAAGCACAAAUAUUCCGGAUUUCAGUCAGAAUAUUUAUACAAAACAAGUUGAUAGUACAAAAACAAUAGCGCCGAUGCCUACACAACAACAAGAAGAAAUAUCACAACCAGUAGCGCAAACACCACUGCAACAAAGUGAAAUACAACAACAAGCACCACUGUCACCGCCAAACACUAAUGUAGGCGAUAGCGAAGCAACCGCCACCACUAACACCACCAUUACCACACAGAGUUCUAACAAUACUUCAUUAUCGCCCAUCUGUUCUUCUUCGUCCUCUUCAUCAUCCACAUCGCCUGCGUCGCUGCAUUCGAAUUCCUCUUCAACAUCGACAUCCUCACCGCUGUCGGCCAUCUUUUCCAGCAGCUCCAGUGACUCCGCCGAUGGUAUUGGUGGAAAUAAUGGUGCUAUUGGGGAGCUCAGUUUACGCGAUGAACUCUUGAAUGCCGCUACCACCCGUUGCCCACUUGCCGUUUUCAAUGAUAAUGAUAACGACAUUACACUCACCAAGAACUCAACAACCGAUCUAAGCUCGUCUUCUGCGUCGCCGUUGACUACGGAGGAAUCGCAGCAACGCCAACGCAAAGUCUCGUGGAUGGCGAAUCCGGGCGCUGUAGACAAGUUACGUUCACUCUUCUUUCAGCGUAGCUCAUCACCUGAGAAUAAGACACAAUCAUCGUCAGCGGCUAGUACGCCUCCACAGACAAAUCCAACAGCCAUGCUCCCCUCUACUAUGAAUAACACAACAGUUGCUAUUAAUAAUGCUACAGCUUUCAACGUUGGCGACUGUACUUUGAGUGACGCCUCCUCACAACAGCUCCUGCAAAAAUUCGUCCAUGCCUCGCAGCAGUUAAGUAAGGUCUUUCGACAAAAUCUCUCUUUUGGAAAUGAGGCUACAGCCCCAACAACAACAGCAGCAACGUUAACAACAAAUACUUUUACCGGUAACACAACCGGUGCCAGCAGCAACGCAGAUGACGCUUUAUCAGGUGGCUCUGAUGGAAGUGGCAGUAAUACACUACCAACAGAGCAGCAUGAUAUUGCGCUCAUACCCACCGAAGUUAAGCAAGAGAUCAAAGAGAACAUCUCACCGGAGCAUACAAUCAAUGAGGAGACAUUGCAAAGCUUACAAAAGCUCACCGGCAUUGAGGAGGCGGUGCGUUGUGUAAAGGAGCAACAACCCCUGGGAGCGGUAGCGUUAUUGGAGGAUGUGGACGCUGCAGGGGUUAUUAAAAAAUCGACAGUGCUUGAAGAUUUCAAUGCUAAGACCACUGGUGGAAACACCAAUCUGGUUAGUGGCUUGCACGCUGUCGAGGGAGCUAAUCUUGCACUGGCGCCGACUUUAGUCAAAAAAGAAGAGCCAGUCAACAGUGCGGCUUCGAAUGUGGCUGCCAGCACUUAAGUUAAACGGGUUUUUUACUUUCUAACUGUAAACUUUAAAAAUUAUUUAAUUUUUUUUAUAUUUACUUAGAUUUUUUUAAUUUAAAAAUUGGGAGUUGUAUUGUUGUAUACUUAUAAUAUUAAUCUAUACAGACAGAUAUACAGAUAUAUAUAUAUUUGGCGAUCACGCACUUAAGUAACUUAAAAUUAGUGGAUUUUCUAAUCUUUGUGCUAGCUUUAAGAAGUAAUUACGCGCUUUCUUCGCUCCCUCCUUUUUACGAAUUACGCUUAGGCAGUAUAUAUAUGUUUGACAACAACAACUACAAAAAGUUGCAAAGUGUUGAAAUAUGCUGUGUGCGCCGUUAGCAAACAGAGUUAUUAGUACUUAAAUGAAUUUUUUUCAAACAACACUUAAAUUAUCUCCCAAGUUCUAUACAUACAUACAUUGAAGCGGUCAAGUGCUGUCUUUAAAAUUGCUUGCUUUAAUACAAACUCAAUUGCUGUGGUGUUAAGCGUGCUGCUACAAUAAUUUCCGUUGAACUUUUGCAACUGAGGAAUAAUUAUGUGAUUUCAAAUGCGAGCGUAAAUGUUGGAUUAAUGUCUAUUAUUAUUGUUCUUUUACAAAACAAUGUUGGUAUGUGUAUAUGUGUGCGUGUAUGCGCGCGUGUGUGUGUGUGUGUAAGUGCCUAACUGUAAAUAUGUAUUUCGUUGUAAUGUAACGAAGCAGUAAGUUUAAGCAGGUGUGUGAUUUGUUGAGUUGCAUUUGAUGUCGAAAUGAUGCUAUAAUUAUGUAUAUAAAUAUUUAUUUAAUUUUAAAAACGCAAUGGUGUGUUUUGUGGUGAUAAUUCAGUUGAUGUGUAUUUGCGCAAACUCAUUAAGCGAAGAGCUCGACAUGCUUUUAACACUACUGAGCAGUUGCAGCUGAAUUUUUUGAAGAUGGUGUAUGGCAAACAAGUGGUUUGAGUUGUUGUGAAGUAAUGCAAAACAAAAUUUAAAUUAAUAAAACACAAAUUUAAUAAAUGAAAGCAAAAAAAAAUUAUUAAAAUAAGAAAAAAAAGAAACAUACAUACAUAUAUGUAGAACAUGCAUAAAAUACUUGUAGAAUUCACAACUAAUUGUGUAAAUUGCGCAGAGUUGGAUUUUGUUAACCAUUUCCUAAUAGAUGUUGGGAAGAACAACAAAAUUGCCAGCAACUACAGUUGAACUUCCAUAACUCGAACACUUGAAUAAUAUAAGUCAAAUUUCAUACAAAUUACCUUCCUUAACUCAGAAGACACUCUAACUUGAAGUUUUUUUGUGGAUUAUGGGGAUUCGAGUUGGGAAGUUCAACUGUAUAUCAUAUUCAAAAAAAAUUACCGCGCGUUAAGGCAACCAUUCUAAAUUAUGAAUGUGUACUUAUUUGUUUACACAUUUUUAAAUAUUAUUUUAUAAAUAAACAUAGUUUUGUUGUUGUACAUAAAUAUUAAUUUUAGAAUUAUAAGUUUCAGCUUAAUGUGAUUCUUUAUUUUUGGAAAAUAUUUCUAAUUGAAUUAAAAAAAAAUAAUAACAUUGAAAUUACACAACAAACAAUUAUUUAAUAUGUAUAUUUUUUUUCAUUGCAGAAAAAAACAUUCGGCAAUAUGUACAUUAAAAUUAUUUAUAAAUGCUUAUGCAACAAGUCACAAAAAAUGGCAUAAAAUGUCUUUCCUUGAAUUUUUAACUUAAAAUUAAUAAAAUAUGGUUGUUUCUAUAAAAAAAAAAACAUUUUGAACAAACAUUAAGUUUUCCUUUGUUAUUAAACUCACAAUUAUAAUAUUUAAAAUAUUAUAUGUGUUUUAAAUUUUGCUUUGCUAAGUAGACCCGCAUGCUUCAAAAGUGUUUUAAAGAUUGAGAUACACAAAUUGGCUGCCUUUUAAAGAAAGUUAAAGUUUUUUAAAGUUUUUGGGGCAUCAGUUAUUAUACAAUACUAAUAAUAAUACGUAAUAUGAAAAAAAUAAAUAAAAAGUACUUAAAUGUUAAGUAAAUUUCGCCAAUCUUUCAUUUAAGUUAAAUUAAAAUCAAUCAAUUUUUUUUAUUUGCUCUUUGCACUCUUAAAUGUAGAAAAUUAGUGUAAACAUACAAAAUUUUAUAUUGUUUAUAGGUAAAAAAAAAAAUUCAAAAUUAAAAAAUAAAAAAUCAUUGCAAAUUGAGCUCAAAAUGGUGAAGGCGCUUUUUGCAAUAAAUUGCAGAUAUUUGUAUAUAUAUUAUAAAUUGAAAAAAUUUACAAAAUGGAAAUUUGUAUACAUUUGUUUCUGCUACUGAAAUUAUAUUCUUUUAGUGUUAAGUUAAACUACUCUACGCAAUUUACACAAAAUAAAUUUACACUAGUUUGCGGAAAGGCAGAAUUGCGUAGAAAUAGCAAACUCUGCUUCUAAGCUUUUGCGCAUGAGCCGACAAUACAUUAUAGAAAAGCCAUUACUCUAUAGACAGUUAUUUAAAGAUAAAUAGUUUAACUAUUUACAUGCAUGCAUACAAUAUUUUAUUGUUUUAUGUACACAAAUACAUAAUACAUGUAUUUAUGUGAAAAUUGCUUAUCAAACAUUACAAUGUCUGCUAUCAUUAUCAUUAAAGCCCAACAAGCAUUUCUACGCUAUAUAUAUGUAUAAGCAUAAAAAUAUUUAAUAUUUUAUUUAAACUUUAGCCUACCGGAACGAACUCGGGUUUAUGUACAUAGUAUAUCCGACCAUUGACCUGCUACAAUGUUUGUUAUGCUGCUACAACAACAAUGCAAUAAUUUUCUAAAACUUAAAAACACAAAUACAGAAAAAUAGUUAUUUUAAUUUUUUAGUACAAAAUUGAAUUGCUUUUGU